UGCUGGGCAAGGGCUAAGGUUCCCAAGAUUUUGCCCUCUUUUUCCUUCUUCGACAGCACCUUCUCGCCUCUGUGAUGGACGGAAGGGGGGGGGGGGGGGUGUUUUUCAAUUCUGUAUAAAACUGGCAGGGUCCGUCUCUGUCCCUGCACUUCGCUCUUACUGCUCUGGCAUUGGACGCUAUUCCCCACAUUUGCUCUUCACUAGUCGCUGAGGCCCUUCAUCGGCUUCUGCUGGUGUAGGCCCGAGCUCAUAUUAUGAAUCUCUGAAAUUUGCGGAGGUAGCAUUGGACGUUCUUUCUUCAUUUUCUCAUCAUUAGGCGUCGAGGCCCUUCAUUGGCUUCUGGUAAUCGCAAUGGAGCGAACUGCUGCAACGCCCGCCAAAUUGCUCAGCUUUUGGUUGCUCUUGGGUGUUAUGGUCUCACUUCACCGUGCGGCCGAAGGUCGAAUUCUCGCCACAAGAUUCGUCACACCGGUCAAUGCCAUUCCCCAUGGCACUCCCGCCCAUAUCAUUCCGUCCACAACUGGGCUUUGGGCAAAAUCGACGUCUGUUGAGAGCACCCCCGCCAAUGCACAACCUUCGUCACCAAUUGGCAGCACCCCCGCGAAUGCACAACCUUCGUCGCCAAUUGGCAGCACCCCCGCGAAUGCACAUCCAUCAUCGCCAAUUGAUAGCACACCUGGGAAUGCACAACCAUCGUCGCCAAUUGAUAGCACCCCUGGAAUUGCACAACUAUCGUCGCCAGUUGAGAGCACCCCCGCGAACGCAAACCUAUCGUCGCCAAUUGGCAGCACCCCUGCGAAUGUACAACCAUCGUCGCCAGUUGACAGCACCCCCGGGAAUGCACAACCAUCGUCGUCAGUUGACAGCACCCCAGGGAAUGCACAACCAUCGUCGCCAGUUGAGAGCACCCCCGGGAAUGCACAACCAUCAUCGCCAGUUGACCGCACCCCCGGGAAUCCACAACCGUCUUCGCCAGUUGACAGCACCCCAGGGAAUGCACAACUAUCGUCGCCAAUUGACAGCACCCCCGGAAAUGCACAACCAUCGUCGCCAAUUGACAGCACCCCAGGGAAUGCACAACCAUCGUCGGCAGUUGACAGCACCCCCGGGUAUGCACAACUAUCGUCGCCAAUUGACAGCACCCCCCGGGAUGCGCAACCAUCGUCGGCUUGUGCGUCUAACCCCUCUACUCAGAGCAGGUCUCCCAUGCAAGGGAGUGAGAAACUCCCAACAAGCGAUACCCAGGGUCAGAAAUCGGGAGUCCAUUGCGGGCACAAGCGAACUCCAACAGCGCCUGCCAUUGCGACCUCAAAUCCGUCGCGUGACGAAGAACCGACGCCUGACUCGAGCUCCACUGGAAGCGCGGAAGCAUCUGGUUCAUCUCCUCAGUUUCAGAGUAUUCUAGUCCUCCCGCAUGGCGACUUGCGGCCCGAAGGCCCGGCCAUUGACGGCGGCUACUCAAGGAACACUGCAGUCCUGUCGUAAUGGAAAACCUUCGAAUCUCCCCCUCAAGCAUCUGAUGCCAUUUUCCCACCGUUUGCAAUCAGCAGCAGGAUACGAUUUAGGACGAUUGGAAGCAUGCACACAGGAAAUCUGGAGACCAGCGACUGACUGACUUUGUCGAUGAAAUGCUCGUGGACUGUGCAUUGUUUAGAUCAGUUCAUGAGUACGUUUUUUAAAUCAGAAAGGCUUAUCUAGCACAUUGAGAAACUAGUUUCGCACCUGGGCCAGAUUACUUACUGGGUUGUGGGUCCGACAGAGAGUAGAAUGGAUAUGCUAACACUGUAAUACUAACACUCCCUCCACCUUCGUCAGAAUAGCUGAAAUCUUGAGCUACAAAGAAAACCCUAUGCUUAUGAGAAAAAUAUAACUAUACCCUUCGGUUUGUCCUCUGACGAUUUGAAUGAAUAGAAUCGGUAUCAUCAAUCGUCUUAAAAAAAAAAACAAGUUUGAUGUUCUAAUUUUUGUGAAGACAUCAGUCCACGUGGCGGAGCAUGUUGAGAGUA